AAUGUUUAGAGUUUCAGACACAUGGACCGGGGCUAAAAAUGUUCAGUGGCGCCUGAUGAGUUUAGUUUUUAGCUGGAGAAAAACGUUCGGUGGAGCGUUUAAAAAUACAUUUUUCCCGAUGGUUAUGGCUGCAGAGCCUGGUAAAUCUGGUGGUGAACAGGAAAAAAACAGUAAUUUAUCUCUACAGAACAGGAAAAGCGUGCCGAACAUAAAAAUAUGUACGAAGUCAUUACCUGCCGAGAGCAGGAACGGUGUGAUGGCUCAUCCAAAACAGGUCAAUUCAGUUGAAAAUAAUGAACAUGAAGAUAAUUUAGGAAUGGGGAUUGAUUUAGUAAGUCAAAAUGGACAAUCAUAUUGUCAUGGUAGGGAUGAAAUGAUCUCUGAGGGUGAUAGUUCGAACAAUAAUUUGAAGUCUGACGUUUCGCCAUCAAAGGCAUCAGUAGCAUCGCACCGUGAUCAAUUAUUGUUGCUGCAUUUGGAUCUUAUUGAACGCCAGCAACAAUUAAUUCAAGAAAAAGACCGGGAAAUUUUGGAUUUGAAGAAUGAAAAGGAACAGUUGGAAGGAAGAAUUAAACGUAUGGAAAGAAGAAUGGCAAUAAAGAUGCAUAAUAAUCAUUAUGAAGAUAAUGAAAUUGACAUUUUAUCAUUACCAGCAUCAUCUAGGAAUAGAAAGAUCUUGCAAAAGAGAAUGAAUAGAAAACCAUCAUUGACAGAAUUAAUGCGUAGGAAAAGUAUUCCAGCUGCUGCACCAGUGCUAAUGUCCUCAAAAAUAGACAGUUGUAUCAAUAUUGAUAUGUGUUUAAGAACUGAAAUGUUGUACAUGGAUCAUGAAAACAGUAUGAUGGCAAAAGAGCCUGAACAAAGCAUUAAAGAAUUCACUUAUCAGUCACAUUGCUGUGAUGAUGUACCAAUUCCUCAGUUUAGGAUAGUUGAAAACUACUCAUCUCCACUUCAAACAUGUGGGACAACCACAAGAUCCAGUGUCUCAGGAAGUGAAGAUAUGGAAACAGCAUGUGAGAAUCUAGAUGACGAAACAUUUGGUAAAAGACAUGCACGUCCUGAGGCUGAUGAAAAAAGACGGAAAAGGUGGGAUCUUCAACAUUAUCGGGCAAAAAUACAGCGUGAAGAACUGCAAGAAAAGUACAAGCAACGAGAAGAAGCGAGGUUAAAAGGAAGGAAAGUAGUGGAACAAGAACCAAAGUCGUGCGAUGAGACCUUAUUACCAGAUUGUUUUCACAUUCGAACGGUAGAAAUGUCAGAUACCGUUCCCGUAUCUGCAUUUGGUGCACCAGUUCAGUCAUUCCAGCAAAGCGAAUUCGACUUGCCAUGGUUUAACGUCGAUAAACGCGAGCUACAAGAACGAGAAAAACUGAUCCGUAGCAAAGCAAGGAACAGACGAAAAUCUGGGCGACGAUUCUAGAUUGAAAAAUCUUGCCUGAGGCAAGUUGGACGAAAGGAAAUCAUCGAAGACGUGAAAAUGAUGCCAUUCUGGGUAAUUUCGGGAACAAUAUCCAAAUAUCGCGGUGUUUAGAAAUAUGAAUCGUUCCAUUACCAAGUUGACGAUAGUCGUCUACUUUUUACAAUAUUUAUCAUCCAGAAAUUUUCGCAAAUAUCAUGGAAUAGUUUGUAAUUUAGCAAAACAUUGUCCUCGGUUUCACACAUUAACAAACUUCAAAAUGCUGUUAUAUUGCCUGUGCGAUCAGGUCAUCUGUGAGAAUUCCGCUGAUGUACCAAUCCCUAGGCCGGGGGGACGUUAUUUACAAGAGAAUAGGUGUGAGAGGGCUUAAACAAAGCUUCGCUUGGAGCAAGUAGUCCUUUCCUAAGGCCUAGUUCUCGAAUAUCGCAAGUUAUGUCCAAACUAAGUCAACCUUCACUCAUUUUGCAACUCUGGUUCAAAUACUGAAGAAACUACCACACAAAAAUUACAUUUAUAGCCAUAGAUGAACUACAAACUCAUUUCAUAGGUUUAACCCUCUCUAAAUUCAGCAAUUAGCAAGUAAUGUAGAAGGCUUCCAUUAAGGAAAAACACUGUUUGGUAGGUCACUGUUUUUCAAAAAAAAAAAUUAAAAAGAUUCUAAUGCUAUUCGUAAUCCUAGCUAAGUUAAUACGGGGGUUGAAAAUAGGCAACAAAAAUCCAUUCAAUGCCUACAAAGAAUAUACACGACCCAUGUAAUAAUAAGAAUUGCUAAAUAAUAACAGCUUAUAUCCUUA